GUUGUCAUUGUUGUUCAACAAUUCAUAGAAGUUACUUUUUACACUUGCCAAUUACGAAUUACGAUAUUUAUGUGAAUUGUGACUCAUUUCUCGUUGAUUAAAGUAAUCAAACUUAAACAACUAAUAAUUUAUUAAAGCAUAGUUAUUAGUAUUUUACACACUAAAAGGCUUUGAGCCCUAAUUUUUUUUGUCCAAAGUUAUUAUAAAGCCGUCAAACUGGGGAACGAAAUGUCUUCAUCCGCUAUGGAAAAACAUUUAUUUAAUUUAAAAUUUGCUGUGAAAGAGUUAGAACGAAAUUCAAAAAAAUGUGAAAAGGAAGAAAAAAUUGAAAAAGAGAAGGCGAAGAAGGCUAUACAAAAAGGUAAUAUGGAGGGUGCAAGAAUUCAUGCAGAGAACGCAAUACGUCAAAAGAAUCAGGCUCUUAAUUAUCUACGCAUGUCUGCAAGAGUUGAUGCUGUAUCAAGUAGAGUGCAGACAGCUCUUACUACUAGAAAGGUCACAACAUCAAUGGCGGGUGUUGUUAAAGCAAUGGAUGCAGCAAUGAAAUCAAUGAAUUUGGAAAAAAUUUCAAACCUAAUGGACAAAUUUGAGAGUCAGUUUGAGGAUCUUGAUGUACAAUCAUCAUACAUGGAGAAUGCUAUGUCACAAACCACAACAACUACAGUGCCUCAGGGUGAUGUUGAUAAUCUUUUGCAGCAAGUGGCUGAUGAAGCUGGUUUGGAGCUCAACAUGGAACUGCCUUCUGGAAUACCAAGUACCUCUAUUGGAACAGCAACAGUUGUGUCACAGGAACAAGAUGAGUUAACACAGAGACUUGCUAGAUUAAGACAGGCUGAAUAAUAUAUACUUGUACAGAUCUUUUAUAAGUCCACUAUGUGAUACAGGCAAUAAACAUAUGAAGUCUACAAUAGACCCAAAUUACCAUUUGGACUACACCAUGUUGAAUUUGGAGCAAACUACCUAUUUAUAAAUUUUUUAACAGUGUAUAUAAUAAUCCUUAACCUAUUCUAAAAUCAACUAAUUUGGACUUCUGAAAGUUCAGUUCAAUUGAGUAAAGUCCUUGUACAAUUAUCUAAAAUGACUUCAUUCCACAUUACUGAUUAUACAUAAAAACUUAAUAGAAUUAAAAGAUAUUAUUUUGUUAUUUUCCUUUUGUAAUAAGUGUAUUAUAAUAUUAUGAAAGGGUUCUAUUUAUAUGCAAUUAAAAGCUUUUGAGUUA